AUGGCAAGCAAAGAAAUAUUCAAAUUUACAGGUCUCCCAAGAAUUGAAAAUAAACCACUUUUCAAGCAAAUUGAUAAAGUUGCAAAAGAAAAUGAACAAAAGUUUGGAAUAGAAUAUUUUACUAAAGGGUAAAAGUUUGCAUUUUAAGAAACUAUUAGAAAAGCUACCUUUAAGAAUGGCUGGUAUUGCUACUACACUGAUAACUUAGAGAAACUUAAAGAAGGAUAAAGUUUUCAUAAUAGCUAGAUAGUAGUGACAAUUCAUGGAUGGCCAGGAGAUCCUAAAGAAAUGGCAGGCUUACAAUAAACUAUAACAGACCCUUCUUAGAACCCUAGUGGCUCUUUACUUUGUAGAUGGAUUAAUUUUAUGGUGCCUGGUAUGGAUGGUGAGAUAGAAAUAUUUAGAGGAAAUUAUCAUGGUUAUUUAGAUGAACUAGGUGAUUUGAUUAUGAUGCUUUUAAGAGACCAUUUGCAAAUUAAUAGAUAGGUUAUAUCUUUAGGAUACUCUGGUGGCACAGUUAUGUGGAGAUUUUGUCAUAAAAAAUACCCUAAAAUGUUUAAAGCUCAUAUUAAUAUUGCUGGUCCUACUAUAUUAUGGAUUCCAGCUCACACUUACAUGUACAGCGUCUUUAAUAGAUACGAUCAAGAAUAUGGAUUAAGAAAGAAUCCAGAGCUUUUUGAAAGCAUAGAAUUUCGUAGACAUUUAUUUUAAAGAUUCAAAAGCGAUCAUGAUGGUAAUUACUUUGAAUUUGAAAAUGUUCCAAUCAUGUGUAAUGAUCCAGAAACAUUGAUGAUAUGGUUCAAGGCAUUUAUGACAGUAGGUGAUGAAGGUUGGACUGAAUACUAUUAAAUGGGACAUAAUGAUUUACCUAUUCUUAAAUUUUAUUGUUGUGGAGAGUUCGAUCCUCUUAUUGACACAGAUUUAAUGAGAUAUGAGUAUUACUUUUAUACAUAUAUUAAACAAAGAUUUGAGUUCAUGACUGAAGCAGAAAAAGACUUAGUAAGAAAUGACCCUAUUUUAAACCAAAUAACUAAUUUUAAUUUUGAGAACGUUUAAGAAAACUUCAUUUUUGUUAUGAAAAAAACUGGUCAUACUAUACAUACAAAGCGUUCAAGGGAAUUAUCCAAGCCUAUGAGAUGCUUUAUUCAGUUAAUAGAAAAAUUACCAGUAGAUUAUUACUAUAAAAAUGCAAUCAGAAACCCUCCUGGUGUAAUUCCUCCUGGCACUUUCCUUCCUAAACUAUGA